AUGUCGACUGCAUUGGCUCAGGAGAAAUCCAAACGAAAGGUGAUAAAAAUGCUAAUUAUCGUUCUAAUUGUAUUCAUCAUCUGCUGGUCACCACAACAGAUACUUUCAUUUUGGGGACUCUUCCGUUCUCAAAAGCAGUUCCAUCAGUCUCUUCAUUAUCUAUCUAUCUAUCUAUCUAUCUAUCUAUCUAUCUAUCUAUCUAUCCUUGAUAAGUUCCAUCAGUCUCUUCAUUAUCUAUCUAUCUAUCUAUCUAUCUAUCUAUCUAUCUAUCUAUCUAUCUAUCUAUCCUUGAUAAUUCCAUCAGUCUCUUCAUUAUCUAUCUAUCUAUCUAUCAAUCUAAAUCUCUUCAUAUCUAUCUAUCUAUCUAAAUCUCUUCAUAUCUAUCUAAUCUAUUCAUAUCUAUUCAUAUCUAUACUUGAUAAGUUCCAUCAGUCUCUUCAUUAUCUAUCUAUCUAUCUAUCUAUCUAUCUAUCUAUCUAUCUAUACUUGAUGUUCCAUCAGUCUCUUCAUUAUCUAUCUAUCUAUCUAUCUAUCUAUCUAUCUAUCUAUCUAUCUAUACUUGAUGUUCCAUCAGUCUCUUCAUUAUCUAUCUAUCUAUCUAUCUAUCUAUCUAUCUAUCUGUUUUUCCCGCCUUUAUUGAAACCCUCCGCUACGUGGCGCUGUACGUUGCCUACCUCAACAGUUCUUUGA